AUGAAAGUGUCACCAGAGGUUAAUACUGUACUGAGCUCCCAAGAAAUUGACGUUUCUGACAAGCAACUGCUUCUCCAAGAAAAGAGAAGAAAAUUCUAUCAAGGAGUAGUUCCCUUAAAUUUAUUCAUUGUUUGCACCAUUUCCUUAUUGAUUUUGAGUGGUUGCAUAUUCGUUUGGGUUUCGUCUUUUAUCGUUACUAGCAAUUCAAUAGAAAAUUUGAAUGCCAUGUUUAUUGAAGAAUCUGGUCAAAAGAUCAUUAAGAGUUUGACUGGUUAUCUGGACCCAGCUGCAAAACUUACGAAAAUGUUGGCCAAAGAUUGGAAUUCUGGCUCGGUUAAUCUUACUCAAUUGAGAGAGUACUUAUUUCCAAAAUUCCAACAAUUUGAAACGAGUGGUUGUGGUUUCUUUUUCAAUGAUACCUAUUCUUAUAGAUACACUUAUACAGUGAGUGGUACUGCAAGUAAUCCAGUUGUAGUUUAUAGUCAACAACCUUAUGGUUUCAUAGGUUCCAUUCGUGACAUGAUUAAUAUCACAACAGGAGAUGUUAUUAAAUAUAAAUACCAAGUAAUUUACACUCCAAUUAUCAUGGUUGACCAAGACUAUUGGAUUUAUCUUUCUAAAUAUACUAAACAGACUGGGCAAGAAGGUGUUCUGGGAGAUCCUUAUCUUGCACCAGGUGCUAGUAUGACAAUCUAUUAUGCACAAUGGGUAUACGAUCAAAUAUUGUGGAAAACUCAAAAGCAAAAGAGAAUUAUUGGGCUUGCAAAGAUUAAUCUUUCUCUUGAUUCCAUUGUCAAUUAUCUAUCCAAGAUUAAACUCUUAGGUGACGGUUAUGUAGUAGUCACAUUAAACUCUGGACUGGUAAUUGGUGGUUCCAUAAACACAACCGUCAAUGAUGGUCUGACAUCUGCUCAUAUUUUUGAUAUUGAAACCAGAGGUGCUGGAAAGUUGAUUAAGAAAUUCUAUGAGAAUAAUGGAAAUACUUUCCUAACCUUCCCAGAGAAUAUGAAGUUAAGCAGUGAUGGAGUUGGAUAUAUUAUCACUCCAAUCAAGUUUAAAUAUGAGAAUUUAGAGUGGAAUAUUUUCUUUGUCUUGUAUGAAUCUGAUGUGAACGAGGCAUUAGUGAUUAGCUCUUCCGUGAGUGUUGGUGUCACAGUGGUGAUUGUCAUAUUUGGUAUUACUGCAAGUUUGUGCACUGGUUGGAUUGUUUCUCGACCAAUGAAAUUCUUAGAAAAUCAAUUUGAAUCAAUUAGAAUAUUAGAUUUGGAAGCAGUUAAUUUGAGUAAGAUAUCCAUGUUCAGAGAAGUUGAUUCAAUCUUUAACAAUCUAUAUGAUACAGUUUCAUGGCUCAAGGAAAUCAAAUCUUUCAUUCCAGAUUAUGUGUUUGAGCAAAUCAAACAAAACCAGGAAGUUGAAUUGCAUAAAGGACAGGAAGUUAAAGAAAAGAAUGAUCACCUUUCUGAAUCAUCCUCCAGAAAAUCAGUUUCAUCCUCCAGAAGUGCAAUGACGGCCAAACAUUCUUCAGAUAAGAGUUCAUUCAAGAAUCAACAUCAAUCGCUUUUCAAAAUGGGUUACAGCAAGAAAGGGGUAGUAUUCAUUCAUGCUAAAUUGGAGAAUUUAGUUGAGCAAGAGGUGGAUUACAUUUCAAACUUUUUCAAGGGAUUCAUUUCUGCAAUAUCAACAGUUGUAAAGGUUAAUCAAGCAACUUUACAUGUCAUUUCAUGUGAAGAGAUUCAGAUUUCACUAACUUCCAACUCUUUAGAUGAGAAAACCUAUGAGAAAGGAGUUGACAUUGCUUUAAAGAUUAAUUAUUCAGAAUUUGCCUCCAAGUAUGAUGUUAAAAUAGUAACAGAUUCAGAAAAUAUGCCACUUGAUAAGUAUAUUAAUCGUCCACUUGAUAUUAUUGAAAUGAAACAGCAGAGAGUGAGGAUACAUGAAUUAAUUGAUAAGAAGAAUACUGAUAAUGAUGAAUGGUUGUACGAAUUAGAAAACUCUAAAAAGAAUAAUAAGUAUGCAGAAUAUUCCAAAAUAUUUGAAAUAUUCCAUAAUGAUUAUUGGAAUGGAAAGGAUGUUGCUGUGGAAGUGGAAGAUUUGUUAUUGGUUUUGGAUCGUUUUAGAAAUGUAGAGUUUUCUGGAAGGAAUGACUUGUCGUGUGAUGAAUUAUCAAACUUUUUAACAGAUCUACUGCAAGUUACUGAUCCACGAGAAGCAAAUUCUAGAUCCAGUACCUAUGCUAAAAAAUUGGUCCUAGACCUGAAGGUAAUAUAA